GUCAGCAGGGGGCAGCAGCGGCCCGCUCGAGUGGCCUAUGUGGAUGCGCGCGCAGCCUGUAGCGAAGAAGUGGCGCGAGCUCCCAUGAAGGUUGUCGAAUAAUUCCACUCGCAGAGAGCUGACAGAGUCCGCGAAUUCGGCUGGAACUUCUUGUCAUGAGAUAUUUCCAGCUGCAUCACAAUGAUGUCCUCGCCCAUUUCCUGUCAUGAAAUGUCACGUGACUCGUGGUCAUCUGCUUUCUCGGUUGAUCUGAAGUUGACUCACCUGGACUGGGACACUGAGUCGGCUCUGAUCCAUUUCCAGGGACACGACCUGAACACAUGUGAAGCGGACUACAGCGUCCUGAGCGCAGAAAUCCAGCGUUUCCCCAAGGCGGAUGCUGCCGUGGAGGUUGGAGAGAUCUGCCUGGUGGAGGACAGGAGCUCGGCUCGGUGGUUCAGAGGGAGAGUUCAGAACAGAGAGGAGAGCUCGUACCACGUUUUCCUGAUGGAUGAGGGGAACGUCCUGACCGUGGACGCCUCCUGCAUAUCUUCCUGCCCGAAGCAGCUGCUCUCUUUGCCUCCAAAGCUGACUUGUGGGUUCCUGGCAGAUAUCCUGCUGUUUCAGAGUUGCAGUCAGCCUUCAGUGGAUUUAUUCUUCUCAAAGCUGAUCGGCAGAAACCUCACAGGUUUGGUUCACGCCGUCCUCCCUCUCCACGUCGUCUUACUGGAGGCUCCUGACAUCAACCGGGAGCUCGUCCAGCACGGGUUAGGGCGGCACGUGGACUCAGAUACCUUCCUGUGUUUGGUUGAGCUGCUCACAGGCGUAGCUCUUAAACGUAAAUCCGAUCCCCUGACUGGAGAGCAGAGAGUUCGACCCCUCCCGCAGAGGUACACAGACUUCCUGUCUGUCUGUGGGCUCAGGUUACCUUGUGGAGGUGAGGCUGAUGUCCGGGUCACGGCUGCUUUUGACCCAGGCCUGUUUUACUGUCGGAUGGUGAGCGCAGAGGCGGCUCUCUGCGAAAUGUCGUCAAAGUUAUGCGCCACUUUUGCAGAUGAGCAGGCGACCCAGCAAAGCCUGGAUGAACUGUGUGCAGUCCAAGGAAGAGAUGACAAGUGGUACAGAGGUUUCCUUAUGCUCUGCCCCAUCAGCGCUCACGUCAACAUUUUCUUCAUCGACUGCGGAUACUUUAAAACCGUCAGAAUGGACCGCGUCCACAAGCUGCCUGCGCUUGGUUUUAACUCCGCCCCCUUGGCCUUCCCCUGCAGACUGGCUUCUGUCACUGACUGGAACAAGAAGGCUUUCAGGGCGGGGCUUCUGGGUGGCGUCUUAACCAUCAAUGUUAUUGCUUUCCAAGAGGAUCAGUUCCUGUACACCAUCACCAUAACUGGGAUCAAAGAGGAUCCCUUCACAGAUCCGGAGCCUCCGGAUGAGCAGAGAAUUGAAAGCCCCCUCCCACCCUUAAAGGACGUCCAGUCGGAAAGGACAGUCAUGCAGGAAUUGUUGAGGCAAACGCUGGCGGAAGAGAGAAUCUCGGACGGCUCAGCCUUCAAGGGCUACGUCCUGCACGCCAAAGAUCCAGAGAACUUCUGGGUGGUCUCAGCCCGCCGACAUGACGAUUGUCAGGACAUGACGAGGAAAAUGACGGAGCACUUUGAAAAGCUAAAGCUGUAUGAAGACACGCUGGUGGACCCCGAGCCGGGGGCCAUGUGCUGUGCUCUGUACCAGCCUGACAUGCACUUCUACAGAGCUGUGGUUCUGAACACCUUCAGCUACGGAGCCGAGGUUCUCUUCAUUGAUUUUGGGAACAUCGAGAAAGUUCCUCACAUUGCAAUCAAGACCCUGCCAGAGACUUUCUGCAGCAAACCAGCGUUUGCCAUCUGUUGUAGUCUGGAAAACGUACUUCCUCCUGAGGACUUCUGGACUACCAAGUCAUGUGACUUUUUCAGAGAAGCUGUGAUGAACAGAUCCCUGCAGAUCCACGUGGUCCAGGUGAUGAAGUACAAAGUGGUGGUACACCUCUUCAGGACAGGAAGUCCUGCCAGCAUCGCUGAGCUGAUGGCUGCCUCUGAGCUCGCCUACUACAUUUCCAUAGCUCCUAAAAGCAAACCGCAGCCAAGCAGGUUCGUGCCGAGCACCAAGAGGAUCUGCAUCAACAUCCAUAAGAAGCCACAGGGUGUUACGAGGAGGCAGCUUAAAAACGGCGCUAUCACCCUCAGCAGUUUGACUUUGACGCCCGGCAGCCGGUUUCCUGUGUUUUGUUCUCAUAUCAGCUCCUCGUCGGAGUUCUGGUGCCAGCCGCGAGACAAAGCUGCUGCUUUGGACCAGCUGAUGCUAGAAAUCCAGCAGUAUUACUCCAGCCACACCGUCCCCUUCCAGCCGGGGGAUCGUUGCUGUGUGGUCCGGUCCCCUCUGGAUGGCCGCUGGUACAGAGGAGCGGUGAUGGAGGAGGAGACGGAUGCUUUCAGGGUGAUGCUUGUUGACCGGGGUCCCAGCCUGCAGCUCACAGAGGACCGUCUUCAGGGACUCGAGCCCAAAUUCGCUGCUCUGGAAAGACAAGCUUUCCGGUGCAGCCUGUUCCACCCGCUGAGCCGCGGCGGUCCAGAGGCCGGCGCCGCUUCCACCAACCUGCUGCGCAGCUUUGAGCUCGACAGCCACAGACACCUGGAUUGUCAGCUGGUGUUCGUGGUAAAGGUGGAUGGUGAGGAGCUGUGCCAUGUGGUGCAGCUCUACUACCCCCUCACCCAGCAGUGUGUGGACAGCAGGCUCCUGGAGCUCGGCCCGUCCAGAGACAGACCGGAACCGCCGCCGUUUUCAGAGUCUUUUCCCUACUCUGCGUUUGGUCUGAGUGCUGGAAGCAAAGAGCAGGUGUAUGUCACCCACGUCACCAGCCAGAGCGAGCUCUACUGCCAGCUCAGCAAGAACGGCGAGGUCAUGACGGAGCUGGACCGAGCCACCGCAGAGCUGGGCGACAGCGGGCAGCCGUCCGGCUGGUGCGGGGACCAGAGGAGGCUGUGCCUGGCCAAGUAUCUGGACGGGAAGUGGUACCGGUGCACGGUGGUGCGCGCCUCCGUGCCUUCGUACAUCUUGGUGUUCUUCGUGGACUUUGGAAACAGCUACAUUUGUGAGCAGAACAACAUCUGUGAGAUCCCUGAGACCUGCAGGACUCUGCUGGACACGCCCAUGCAGGCGCUCAAGUGUCACCUGGUGUCAGUGUCCAACCACCCUCUGAGUGCCGACGCCAAAGACUGGCUGAUGGAGGCCGUGCUGGACACGACCAUGACGGCGGCAGUGCAGGGCAGGAGGAGGGAUGGCUCGGUCGACGUUGAGCUGUUUGAUGAAAACAUUAACGUUAACCGGAAGGUUAAGGAGCUCCUCGCCAAGCUGGUGUCCAAUCCAGUGGCUUCAAGAGAUGGCAAGCAAGAGAACCGCCAUUCCAACAGCAAGAACCUGGAGAGGAAGAAGACCGCCUCCAGAACCUCAGUCCAGAAAGAUGAAACCAGAGAUCUGAAGGAAGCUAAAGAAAAGGCGGUGGCGCAGAAGAAGAAGAAGGUGAAGAGAUCUUCAAACGUUAAAAAACAGCCAGGAAACCCGGUUCCAUCCCCACAACCGCGCGGCAAGGAGAAACCCCUCCUCCCGUCAACGCCUUCCAUCAACAGGAAGGUUAGGCCCGGGUUCAGGACCAGCGCGUUCACGUCCUCCUUCAGCUCACUCAGCUGCUUCUUCCUGCAGCUCUCCGAGGACGAAGCCGCCAUCCUGAAAAUGUGCAAAGAUCUGAACUCUGACGCCGUCAGGACCGCUCUGACGCCCGUCUCCUCUGCGAGGGUCGGUGACAUGGUACUGGCCGAGUACCAGGAGGAUGGCGCCUUGUACCGCUCCGUGGUGAAGACCCAGGAGGCCGGCGCCGUCGGCGUGGACUUCAUAGACUAUGGGAACUGUGCUGUGGUUGAGAGGAUGUUUGCUCUGCCCGAGGAGCACCGGCGGCAGCACAGACUGAGCGUGCCGUGCUCGCUGCUGGACACCGACAGAUACAGAGGCGAUACUGCCUUCACCGACGCCGUGAUGAGCAUGCCGCUCAAGGUCGAGUUCGUUUGUCAAAACGGACUCCAGUGGCAGGUCCGCAUCGAGGUUCUGGAUCCAGAAGAUCAACCUGAGGAUGAAAGUGAACGUCAGAAGAAGAUAUGCCCCCCAAGCUCACCUGGAGAAGAAACUCUCACAGGUUCAAACAUCAGAGCUGGAGACACAGAAACCUGGACGGUUCUGCCGGUCCAGAGCGGCGGCAGUCUAAAGAAUCAGAAUGUUCUGUCAAAGCUGGAGAGGAGCAUGGAUCCAGAGACAGACCGCCUGGACAGUGUAGUCCAGGUCCAGAACUGGAUCCAGGGUUCCAGUCAGAACUCUGAAGAAGAACUUCUGGAUCAGACAAACCCUGUCCUGCAGUGGGAUGACCCCCUACAGCUGCCAGAACCUCCUCACCUGCCAGAUCCUCCUCACCUACCAGAUCCUCCUCACCUGCCAGAUCCUCCUCACCUGCCAGAUCCUCCUCACCUCCGAGAACCGCCUCACCUCCUAGAACCCUAUCCUCCUCACCUCCUAGAUCCUCCUCACCUCCUAGAUCCUGCUCACCACCCAGAACCGCCUCACCUCCUAGAUCCUCCUCACCUCCUAGAUCCUGCUCACCACCCAGAUCCUCCUCACCUCCUAGAUCCUCCUCACCUCCUAGAUCCUGCUCACCACCCAGAACCGCCUCACCUCCUAGAUCCUCCUCACCUCAUAAAUCCUGUUCACCACCCAGAACCGCCUCACCUCCCAGAACCUCCACAAUUCUCACAGCUCCCACAGCUCACUGAGAGCAGAAUCCUCCUCGGUGGGUUUGAAGGAACCUACAACCAAACUCUGGAACUCAAAGCGGAAGAGGAGCUGCUGCUCUCAGAGGAGGAAACCAUGAAACCCAAAGCUUCAGCUACUAAAACCGCCAUGAGCCCCUCCUCCCAGCUCCUCCCCACAUUUCCUGUUGAAACGAACAGAGCCUACGUGGGCGUGGCCGCUGCACUGACCACGCCCUCUGACUUCAGCGUGGCUCUGGAGGCUCUGCUCCUCUCCAUGGUGGAGGUCUCCCUGCUGCUGGAGGAGCUGGUGGAGGAGACGCCUCCCCUUCCAGAGCUCCUCCCAGGAUCCUGCUGCCUGUUUCAGUCGGAGCAGCAGCAGAAGUGGUGCAGGACUCAGGUCGUCAGCGUGGACGCCGCCGUGGUCCUGGACCUCGUAGACUAUGGCUACCAGGAGUGUGUGCCGCUGCAGCACCUCUCCAAGCUGAGGAUUCUGCCGGAGGAGCUUUCCACGUUCCCCAAACUGAGCUUGUCCUGCUCCCUGAGGGGAGUGGGGCCUGCCGGUGGACAGUGGUCUGAGGAGGCCUCGGCCUCCUUCAGGGAGCUUCUGUGUCAGAAGAACCUCCAGAUCUUCUUCAGGGAGCGUCUGUCCAGCUCCUGCUGGAGGGUGGACGUUCUUGCUGAUGGCGUCCAUGCUGCUGCAGAGCUGGUGAACGCCGGCUUCGCCGUCUACCAUCAGAACCAGAGUCCAGGCGCUGCUGAGGAUGACGAGGAUGAAGACUGAUGACCCCCCCAUUCCACUGUGAAGAACGGACCGACGCCUUCAGGACCACGCCUCCUCGCUCAGGUGGACUCACCUGUGGCUCCCCUCGCCUUUAGCCCCUCCUUGUAGUGAGGGCAGAUUCCUCAGAGGUUACAUACCCCGCCACCCUGAGGGGUUCCAACAUCGGAGACGCUGCAGGAAGAACAUCUGCAUCUCCUGACCUUUGACCUUCCGCUCAGACCCCAGCAGCUCACCUCUCUGCAUCAUCGGGCUCGGCUGGUUGAGGAGCGUCGCCAGGCCGUG